CGAAAUAUCUUUCCAUUCCAUUCAUUCUUUUCAUCUCAUCUUUUCUUGGUUGUUGCUUGUCUAAACGAUUCAAUGAAUUGAUAUCAUUUAGCUAUUGUAGCAUUUGGCCUUCUUAUAAACAGAAAAAAUUUAAAUAUUUUUGAGAAGAAAGGUUCAUCAGAUCUUAGUCAUUUAUAAGAAUUUUAUAUAACCGUAAUUUCAACCUCACCUACGACAGGUACUGUUUACAAUGUCUUCUUACAUCGACAUGAGUUUGGAAGAUAUUAUCCAAAAGAAGAAAAAGGAGAAGCCAAGAAAUAAAAGACCUUUGAAUAUGGAUACAGCAAAAUCAAAUAAUUCUAAUAAAACAAGGCAUCAUAAGCUUGCAAUCACAGAUGCUAGAAAUAAAAUAAUAUCAAAAAAAAGAACACAAAUCGUGGAUGCAAGAGAAAAGCUGGAGGAACUGGCAAAACAGAGAGAUGCUCGAUUCAAAUUGGAACAAUUAAGGAAAAUGAGGGGAAUGAAUCAAAUCCAAGGGCGCAUUACUUAUCAAAGGCAGAACAAAUUUAUUAAUAAGGGAAAGUUGACCCAUCUCAUUGGUCCCACAGUUGGCAGAGAUCAUCCAACAGUGAGUAGAGAUCGUGUGUUUGUAGACUCAUCGAGACAGGUUGUAUCACAACCACUGAGCACAACCAAAAUCAGCAUGAGAAGGCAAUUAAACGCAAAAAGAUUCUUGGAGAAUCGUUCCAUUGGUUCGAAGCAUUCAGACAGAAUGCCUAGACUCAAGCCAAUAGUCAGGACUGUUGAAAAUGAUAUAGAAAUCACUGAUGAUCCAAUGGGUGAAUAUGAGUCCAUUAAUAUGUCAUCAGACAGGAAAGCUAGCCUUCAACUUAAAAUUAUUGCUCAUAAUAGUGAAGGCAGGGCAAGUCGAAGUUCCAUAAUACACAGAAUUGCAGAAAAAGAAAAGAGUCCUCCCCGGCCUCCGUCUAUCCUCAAAAAACGACCAAUGGCCGCAUUAAGGACUGAGAAGACAUCAGAAAAAAUGGAGAAACCAAAUUUAGAGUUUAGAAUUAUUGUCAGUAAUUUGGGAAAUACUGUGACUGGUGGGGAUAUCGAGGAACUUUUUGGCGAUGUUGGAGGUAUGGUAGAGUUUCGCUUAGUGCGGCCUGGUACAGCUGAAGUUAUCUACAAAACACAAGAGGAUGCCCAAAGAGCAGUUGACUUGUAUCACAACCGGCAAUUGGACGGGCAGCCUAUGAACUGUCUCCUUGUAACUCCACGCGCAUCUUCAACAAUGUCUAGGAGCAACAGCGGUACCAAACCGGCAUUAUUCAGCACCAAUUCUAAUGUGGAACCUGACAUUUCGACUUUUCACAAAGUACUAUUUAGUAAUUUGUAACUUUUUGAAACAGGAUAAAAAAAGUUAUUUUUUAUUGUACCUAAUCAACAAUAAAUUAUUUCCAAUAAUAAAGCAUCUUAAAGUCAAACUUGUCAAAGUCUGGGCCAUGAUAUUUUUUUUUAUUUCCAUCUUCAAUUCUUGUAAUUGAAAAUGCUAGUGGUAACGUUACUCGUGGGCUCAUUGAUUUUGAUUUUAUAUUUUGUUUGACCAAAAUUAUUACUGUAGUUCUUUUGAUUGUAGUCAUGUUACUUAUAUAAAUAAUGAUUGCCGCCUAGCAAUCAAUAUUUUAUGGAUUAUAGUCACUUUUUUUAACUAGACUGUAUUUACAAAGGUUUGGUAAGAGCAUUUGUUUUGCCCCGUGAACUGAUUUAAGAAAGUAUUCAAUAACUUUUCCUCAUUCAUUAAUAACCAAAGUGGACCUAGUUUGCUAAUUGAUGCCAAGACGUCAUAAGACUGCAUUAUUCGACGUCACGAGAUUUGAAUUGAACUAUUAAAGGUACCUUUAUAACUAAUAACAUCACAGGUCGCAUCACUACGAAAAUCGGCUCCCAAUUUUCUUUGUAAGCCACUAUACCUAGUACAUCUAUUUUUCAUUCACAGACUUCUUUUUUGCCGGUUUCUCACUAUGGUACAGGUAUGGAAUAGGCACAGUAUUCAUUUGUUUAAUUACAUACAUAAAUUUGAA